CUAGAAGUGCAUUUGUCCAUAUGGAUGUUGAUUUGUCUAUGAAUUAUGACCAAGUGAAACUAGCAGUUUUACAGAAGUAUGAUAUUAACAGUGAAACUUAUAGGCAAAGCUUCCGUUCACUUCAAGUGGAGCCUGAAGAAACUCCAAAAGAGCUCUACAUAAGGUUGAAGGAACUGUAUGGUAAAUGGGUGCAGCCCAAAGGUAAAACAGUUGAACAAAUCAAUGAAAUAAUCAUUCUUGAACAGUUUUUGAGAAUGUUGUCAAAAGAACUUCAGGUGUGGAUAAAGGAACAUGAUCCAAAGACUGCAGAGGAGGCUGCUUCACUGGCUGACAUGUUUGUGGCUGCUCGGAGAAAAAACUCAUUGUGGACUUAUCAAAGCUGGAAAAAGGAUGGUCGCAACCAACCUCCAGUCCAACAAGUUUCAAGUGUGGGUAAGCCCCCGGUAAAGGGAAAAUUUAAUAACCCACAGGCUUUAAAAUUCCAAGGGAAAAAGACAAUUUGUUACUUGUGUGGACAAGAGGGUCAUACCAAACCAAUGUGCCCUCAAAAUCCUGUCAAAUUGUCCCAGAUAUGUUUUGUGCCCAGGGAAGAGAUCCACAAGGCUGGGGCAAUGUGGCCUUUAAAGGAGACAUCUGUGGAGCUUAAUGGUCAAUCACUCAAGGCACUGAUUGAUACAGGGAGUACACGGACAUUAGUUCAGCGCAGUUACGUGCCUUCUCAGUCUGUUUGUACCAGUGAGAUCGUUUUGAUCUGUUGUGUCCAUGGUGAUGAAAGGAAAUAUCCAACAGCAGAUGUUUUUGUCACUGUAAAAGAACAAACUUACCUGCUCAAUGUUGGUGUAGCUGACAACUUAUCAUUUCCUGUAAUCCUUGGCAGUGACCUACCAGUGUUAACUGACCUGUUACAGUCUCCCCAGUGUAAUAUGGCAUUAACCCGGGCGCAGGCAAGGCAGUCUGAGGAAACACCUCCGAGCUUAAGCACCUUGCCAUUCUACAAUUUGGAAUUUUCUUCAGAGAAGAAAAAAGAGCGGAAAUCCAAAUGGCAGCGGAGGAGAGAGAAAUUCCAAGGGACAGCGGUAAUGCCUCCUGAUUCUUCAGAGCCUGAGGUACUUGAAGAUUUUAAAAUCCCUGGUAAUAUAUUAGAGCUGCAGCAUCAGGAUCCAAGUCUAUCAAAGUACUUCGGAAAGGCUAAAGGCAAUGAUUUUUGUCUGCAAUAUGACAUUCUGUAUCGGCAAGCUGGGUCUAGUAAACAGCUUGUGGUUCCCAAAGCAGUAAGAUCAACUGUUUUGAAGUUGGUCCAUUCUAUUCCCUGGGCUGGCCACCUGGGGAAGCACAAGACCAUGGCCCGCAUAACGCGCUGUUUCUAUUGACCUGGCUUGCUUAAAGAUGUUGCUCAGUUUUGCAGGAGCUGUCCAGAGUGCCAGUUUACAUCAGCCAGACUCCCCAACAAAGCUCCCCUCCAGCCACUUCCAGUUGUGAGUACACCAUUUCAGCGCCUUGGCAUGGACAUAGUGGGACCUGUGGAGUGAAGUAAG